ACUUCUCUGUGGCUGCCAGAAAACAAGCUGAAGAAGAAGAAGAAGAAGAAGGGGAAGAGGAAGUAGGUCCCUACAUGGUUAUGGCUGCAAAGUUUUCAGCCUUACCUGUUUAUCCAAAAACUGCAAUAUUUUUAUCUCCCUGUUGCCAGAGAUCAAGAUAUUCAGUUUUGGCCUGUCUUUGUAAGACUUCUAUAGAUGCUAGUUGGAGAUUCUACCCUCGGCUUUGCUUCGUUCAUGUGGCACUACCUUCUUUCAUCAAAACCUCCAAGAGGAUUUCCUGGUCUUUAAGGAGUAGUGUAGAUGGGGGUGGAUUGGAUACUCCUCCUGAAAGUAACACCAACGGCGAGACUAGACUGGUUAAAGCUAUCCAAUUUUUUCGCAUAAAACUGAGUUCAAGGUUUAACGAGUUGAAGAAAGGAUUCCCGAUGAAGGUACUCUUUUUCUUAGUGGGUUUUUACUGUGCAACCGCGUUUGCCACCAUGAUUGGGCAAACGGGAGACUGGGAUAUUUUAUCUGCUGGUUUGGCUAUGUUUGUGGUGGAGGGAAUCGGUGCCCUCAUGUAUAAAUCUUCCUUUCCUCUGCUCAACAAGAUUAAGAGUCUGAUCACAGUGUUUAACUAUUGGAAGGCUGGGCUCUCAAUGGGUCUUUUCUUGGAUGCAUUUAAGUAUGAAAUGGAUAGUAUAUUUUGUCCACCUGACCUCUUUGAUUUUCAAACAGACAUCUUUCCUUCAUUUUUGUGACAACUUCCUGCGCAGCUACAAAUUAGUAUGUUGCUUGGGUUCAGUGUUCCUGCCUAGUAAUUAAGAUGAGAACCCUAAAUUCUACACAAGUCAGUGCCACAGUGUUCUACAGUAAAUCAGAAUGGUUAUAAUGGUGCUCAGUGAAAGAGAAACUCUCUAACGUGCUAUGCAGUUAGUCCUCACUUGUGCUACCCCAGUCUCCACUGACUGUGAAGAUUGAUUUAUGGCAUAUUGUGUAAGUGACCUUCAGUGAAAGGAAAAAUAUCUUCCCGGAGGUUUCUGUGCACUCGAAGCUGAGCUGGUAUAUAUCAUGGUUUUUCAGCUGAUUGGCUCGUAAUGUUUGUAUCGGUGAUUUGAACUUGAGAAAUAUGAUAUCGUUGAACAGUGCAGCUGAGUAAUACAAGACGAAGAAAGGCACAUAUGUAAUUCUCUGACAUGACUAACUUAACAGGCUACAUUGUAUCCCAUGUUGGAUCAGAUCUUCAUCGGCAGUGAAGCUAUAACUAUAACUGAUUAGUAAAGAAAGGCACAUAUGUAUACUGUAUUUGUUCAUUCUUAAAAUCUAUAAAUGGAAAGAAGAAAUUUGUGCUUUCUUAGUAAAGUCAGAGCCACUUUACAGCCUGGAACAACAAAUUCAGUAUUGAUGUUUUGUUGAUGUUCAAUUGUAACUUGAUAUCAAUAAUUUGCUCGUGUAUACAAGAUCACAGAUUUAUUUCGGACA